GCUUGUUUUAUUUGCCGGCUGCCUCCCCAGUUGGCUGGAAGAGUCUCAGGUCUCAGGCACAGUCUCUGGAAAUUGAUAAAGACGCAGACACAUGGACACGCACAGGCUGAUCGCCGAGGUGAAGCAGCGUCCGGCUCUCUGGGAUCUCGCGCACCCGGACCGCUCCAACCGGACGGAAACGCAGCGACUCUGGCUGGAGGUGGCCGACGCAGUGGGGCUGAAUGUGGAUUUGUGCCGCACCAAGUGGAAGAAUCUGCGCUGCAGCCAUCGACGCCUCUCCCGCCGCAGUGGCCUGAAGCACCAGCACCACAACCCCUCACCUGGCCACCAGUGGUCGUACGCCGAAGCCAUGAGCUUCCUGGACGGACACUACACACCCCAGGACAGCGGCACCAACGACGAGGAGUACAUGCCCGAGACUGAUGUGUCACCCGACUCGAUGCUGACCUUCAAGAUGGAGGAGAAGGAUGAAAUGGAGGCGGACAACGACGCCUUGAUGCAGGAGUUUCAGAACGCAGCCACUCCGCAGGCUAUGAGGAGGCUUUCGCAGAGCAUUUCCCUGGCCAGUGCGGCGGCUGAGGAGCAGGUUACGCCGGACUCCCAGGGAUUGCGACAGGCCAUGGGACUGGGAGUGGGAUUGGCAGUAAAUCCAAAUGUCGUCCAAGGUAGCGCUAUGGCGGCAGCGGCGGCCAGCAGCUGCCACUGCGCCAAGCGGGUGGACGAGCAGGUGAACUUCCUGGAGAACCUGGAGCGGGAGGAGCAACAACUGAUGCAGUCCACCAGCCAGGAUCUGGCCAGGUCCAAGAACGUACUCCAUGUGGGCGAUUCCGACUACAACUACCUGAUCAGCUUCCUGCCCCUUAUGAAGCAGAUGACGCCCAUCCAAAACGUCUACUUUCGGGCCAAGAUGGGCGAGCUCUUGUUGCAGACGAUGCAGCAGGCGACACUGCAGCAGCAGCAGCAACAGCAACAGCAGCAACAACAGAUGAUGCAGCAACAACUGCAACAGCAACAGCAACAAAGGCAACAGCCGCAGCAGCAACAACAACAGCAGCAGCCCUCGCAAAUGUUGUUGAACCAACAGCAGAUGGCCUUGGACCAGGCCCAAGUAAGCACCAGCUCUACGAACUGGAGCUGAAGCGGAGAUUGGAGCCAGGAAGUGGAGCGGGAGAAUCGAGAAUUGCGAAUUUUGAGAACUAUGCAACCAGAGAGCGCAAAAUGAUGAGCACGAGAGGGCGGCACUGAGAAAUGCGCCUGCCCUGUGCACAGUGACACAAAAGCUGAUAUUAUAUUUGACGAUUUAAUUAUUUACAUUUCAAUAAAGACGAUUUUGUACUUUUUUAUAAA